CAAUUGUAUACGUCUUAUAAAGUAUAAGUACCGCAGUGUAAUGUAAUCAGCAGAAGUGUCGGAUAUUUACUAAUAUUAUUGUUAUUUUAGUGUGACAUAGUGUGUAUAAGUUUGCUGUGUUGUCAUUUCAAUAUGACGGAAGAAAGCUUGGAACAAAAGAAUGAUGUUUUUCGAAUGGAAUCAACCGUUGCUUUGGACAGCAGCAGCAUGGACCAAAAAGAAGAUCAAUACUACAAUCCUUUCGAAAACAGAAAUAUCACACACCCGACUUCGACUUUAGGCUCAUUCUUCAAUCUAUUAAAGUCAUCGUUAGGAUCAGGAUUACUUGCAAUGCCCGCUGCCUUUAAGCAUACAGGAUUGAUACCAGGCUUCCUUGGAACAUUCUUAGUGGCGAUCAUCGCUACCCAUUGCGUUCAUAUAUUGGUACAAACAUCAAGGGACAUAUGCAAGGAAUGCCGUAGAGGUUACCUCACCUACACUGACACAUGUGUGGAGGUAUUUAAACAUGGACCGAAAAAUUUAAGGUCAUACUCGGAAUUCGUAAGACACUUUGUUGAUUACGCCAUGGCGGGAGUGUGCCUCGGAGGCACGAGCGUGUAUGUGAUUUUCAUUGCCUCUUCUUUGAAAAAUAUUUUUGACUACUUCUUCCCUGCUCAAAGUUAUCCUGUCGAAGUAUACUGCGCCAUCUUACUUGUCCCUCUGAUUUUGUUUACCCAAGUGAGACAUCUUAAAUUUCUCGUCCCGUUCUCGAUAUUGGCUAACUUCUGUCUCCUCGUGACAUUCGCUAUUACAUGCUAUUAUACUUUUAAUAAUAUUUCAAGCCUAUCGCAUGUAAAACUGGCAUCACACAUAUUGGAGUGGCCUUUAUUUCUAAGUACAGCCAUAUUCGCAAUGGAAGGUAUUAAUGUGGUGAUGCCAGUUGAAAAUGAAAUGGCUAAUCCUGGCCAUUUUCUGGGUUGCCCUGGAGUCCUUAAUACAACAAUGGGCCUUGUAGCAUCCCUCUACGCUGUGGUUGGACUGUUUGGAUAUAUGAAAUACGGAAACGAUGUCCUCGGAAGCGUAACCUUGAACCUACCAGAAAAUGAAGUGUUAGCUUUAACAGCAAAGAUUCUAGUAGCGAUAGCUGUUUUCUUCACAUACUUCUUGCAAAUGUACGCGCCAAUGGACAUAUUGUGGAUGAGAUUGAAAGGAAAAAUAAGUCAGAGAUAUCAAAAUCACGGGCAGACUUUGAUGAGGUCGCUGAGCGUUAUUCUAACUGUUAUAUUAGCAGUCGCAGUACCAGAUCUGGAGAUACUUAUUGGAUUAGUGGGCGCCAUUUUUUUCUCAACGCUUGGUCUACUAAUUCCUAUCAUUGUACAAACCGUGCAUAAAUGGGACAGGGGCUUAGGAAAGUACUCCUAUAUACUAUUUAAAAAUGUAAUAUUAAUUUUUUUUUACAUAAUUGUUUUGAUAUCAGGAUGUUAUUCCUCGAUUAUGGCAAUCAUUACACGAUUUUCAUAGUAUAAUAGAAUUUCAGUAAAACUACGUAAAUAUAUAGUCUACUUUGAGUAGAAUUGAGUUCAUCUUAAAGCCUGUGAUCUUUUGAAGUUGCUUAGUUUUGCCUCAGAACAGUCGACUUCUCAGAAAAAACUAAUUUGGUGUAUCAACUUUUUAGGUUCCUUAGAAUCUACAGUCUUAUAAGAUAGCGACUAAACAUUGUAUGUCAUGUGAGAUAAUAUAAUUACAGACUAACACUAAAAAGUAUCCACCGGAAUGAUGAAUAUGAUUGUUACAUUUAAAUUUUCACAAAUCAUUUAUCAAUCUGCAUGAUACUUUUAUUUAAUAGACCUCAUUAGGCUUAAAGAUUUUAAUUUUAUUAUAGGUUCGUUGUUGUGAUUGAAAAUAUUUUUAUUAUAGACAAAUAUUAUUAGACAAUGUUAAAUAAACAAUAAAAUCAAUGAGUAUGAACUUUUCCCAAAAAUAAUUUCUUCCAAUCAAUCUUUAAGACAUUGAAAGAAGAAUCCAUUAAGACUUAGUUAUUACACACUGACUAGAUAACAUAUUUCAUUUAUUAGUAAGGACAAUCAAAUAACUUACGUAAUCUCAGAGGUGUAGCUGUACCUUAAAUUAAAUGGUAUAGAAAUAGUAGUAAAGAUGGUAGCACAAUAGUGUAUAUCAAUAAUAUUUUAGCAUAGAUGGAAUAAACGUUUGGUUGCACUAAUGAAGCAGAGGUUUAACUGGUGGUAGGGCUUUGUGC